AUGUAUGUUGACGAUCUUCUCAUUACCAGAUCAAGUGAAGUGAUGAUCAUCGAUUUCAAGAAAGAGAUGUCUACAAUAUUUGAGAUGAGUGAUUUGGGAUUACUAACAUAUUAUCUUGGAAUCGAGGUCAUAGAGAGUGAAGACGGGAUAACACUAAACCAAGGAAGAUAUGCGACUAAGAUUCUACAAGAAGCAGGAAUGGAGGAUUGCAAUGCAGUUCACACACCAAUAGAUGCAGGUUUGGUUCUAUCAAAAGCGUCGAAGGAACAGAAUGCGGAUGAGAAGGAGUUCAGACGCAAUAUAGGAUGUCUAAGGUACCUACUACACACACGUCCUGAUCUCGCGUAUAGUGUGGGUCUGUUGAGCCGAUACAUGCACGAACCAAAGACAUCUCAUGUGGCUGCGUUGAAGCACAUACUAAGGUACUUAAAAGGCACUAGUUCUCACGGCCUUACUUUCAGUCGAGCAAAGAAGAUGGAGUUAGUUGGGUUUAGUGACAGCAGCCAUAACAUAGAUGAAGAUGAUGGGAGAAGUACAACGGGGCAUGUUUUCUACUUGAACAAAUGUCCCAUUACAUGGUGCUCGCAGAAACAAGAGACAGUCGCAUUAUCAUCCUGUGAAGCAGAGUUUAUGGCUGCCACUGAAGCUGCUAAACAAGCAAUAUGGUUGCAAGAGCUAAUGGAAGAGAUCACCGAGAAAUCGUGUAAGAAGGUAAUGAUAUGUAUCGACAACAAGUCAGCAAUAGCGUUAACAAAGAAUCCUGUAUUUCAUGGACGCAGCAAGCACAUUCACAAGCGAUAUCACUUCAUAAGAGAAUGUGUAGAGAAUGAGCAAGUAGAGGUUCAACAUGUGCCAGGCGUGGAGCAAAGAGCAGACAUUUUAACUAAGGCACUUGGGAGAAUCAAGUUCAAAGAGAUGAGAGAAUUAGUUGGAGUUCAAGACAUAGUUAACUUCAAGUUUAAAGGGGAGAAUGUUGGAGAUAAACAUGAAGUUAUACCAAUUCUAAUGAGUUUAGGAUUAGGAUAG